AUGUUAAUCUUGGUCUCCAAGUCUUGGGCUGCUGUCCCAAUUGAUGGCAACUCAGAUUGGUUUAAAAAGCAAGCAGAAUUGGUAGAGAAAGUUGUUAGUACAAUGCCAGUUCACUUGCAAGUCAAUUACAAAGAAUCCAUCAAAAAUGACCAGAGCCUUACAAUAUGUAAUUCUGAGGUAUUCUACAUUCCUCGGAAAUUUGUAGCAGAUUUCAGCAAUCUUAUAAAUCUAGUGGGCGAUCUCGAUAUCCAUCACAAGGUUGCAAUACCACUGUUCUUCUUGGCAAUGGACUCGGCUCAGAAUUUUGACUCGGUGUUCAAUGCUAUGAUUUAUGAGCAAAAAACCGCCAACUAA